CUGUACAAGUCCCGUUUCAAGUGUAUUUUCAAUAACUGAUAAGUCCGGAAAGAUAAAAUAGCGCUUAUCGAUAACCGUUAUCGUUUGAGCAUACGAGUAUAUUAUGCCCUCAUUUGUAGCUUGAUUGCACAUAGAGUAUGUAAGGAUCAGGCGAAGCUAUCUCACUGCUCAGCCGAGAUCAUAUAUCCCGUGUUACUUCAGUUCAAUGAUAAAUCUCCUCAAAUAAUUAUAUUCCUCAUUUAGAUCUAGAAAUGGACAAAGGCUGUUAGCGAAGCAAAGAACGCUAUGGCCCCGCGCAUUACCAAGAGACGCCUCGCCUGUUCUUUAUUCCUGUUGCUGUUCCUGUCCCUGUAUAAGUCGCAGGGAGAAGACAGUGACAGACCAAGCGAAGGCCGUUUGGAGAAGCGACGUCAGCUGUCUGUGAAGAAAGAUAGGAAAGAUCUGAUUGAAUCGGCUACGCUGCCGGACAGAUGGAACAUCUCAGAGGCACACUUGGAGGAACUGAGUACAAGACGCCAACACGUGCAAAAGACCUGCAGGAAACUCGGUCUCGAUCAACCGUCACAGGCCAAUAAACUUAACGCGUGGGAGUUCUUAUACAACAAGGAAUACAACCUCUUAUGGUGUAACGUGUUCAAGGCGGCUUCGUCCACGUGGUUCUGGAAUUUCAAUAUUCUCGCUGGUUACACGGAGGACCAACUCAUCAAGGCUAAAGCGGCGCCUGUCGAAAUGGCGAGAAAGCGCUAUCCCAGACCCACCAUCGGUGAAGUCCAAGAAAUAAUGGCAAGUAAUCCUCCUCCCAUUUCCUUCAUGAUCACUAAGCAUCCUUUUUUGCGCCUCGUUUCGGCUUACCGAAACAAGAUUCUUGCCGGAAAUGCGAUAUACACUCCCCUUUUCAAGACAAUAUACAGAAAAUACAAACACUUAGGUCCCCCGGUGCCCAGACGAAUGAAGGACGGAAGUCUUGCGGGCACAGGCAUCUCCCCUUCUUUCAGCCAGUUCGUACAGUAUAUAUUAGACAAGGAGGUGAACGGGAAGACCCUAGAUAUGCACUGGAUUCCACAGUCUAGGUUUUGCACUCCCUGUCUUGCAAAUUUCAGCAUUUAUGCAAAGACGGAGACAUUAGACGAAGACGGAAAUUAUAUCAUCUUUACCUCAGGGAUUAAUAACGUGAUUAAACCGAAGACAAUCAACCGGUCAGUUGACGUUCCAACAUCCCAGGUGGCGCACACGUACCUUUGCCAGCUCUCACAACAGCAGUUUGACGACCUGGUUAGGCUGUACCAGUACGACCUGCAGUUGUUUCAGUACGACGUGAAACAAUUUAGGAACUGUGCCACGUAGCGAUGGCGUGUUUUGUGUGAGUCCCCCCCUUGGCUUUGGGAAGGGGCGGAGUGUGUAGGAAGAAAAGGAGGGGUUUCGUUAUAUUUUUUUGGGAGAAAUGUGGGGAAUAUGUGUUAUUUAUUUUGUUAUAAGAGAAUAAUAUUAUUUUUAUUGUGUAUGUGCGAAAAAAAAUAUAUAUAUUCUAUAUAUCUAUCAACUCAUUACCUAAAUAGACCGUUAUCGUGCGUAAGAAGUAAAAAAAAAAAUGUGAUGUAAGCAGACAAUGUAGGUUCUGGAAGAUGACAUCAGGCUUCAACAAAAUGACGCUUACAAAGAGGCAUCUUGUUCGUAAGUAAUUAAAACAGGCUGGAUUUUUUUUCUUCUUUUUUUAAUUCUCAAGUUUUGUUUAACUAACUGCUCAUGUCGAUGCUAUCAAAGCUAAAUAAUAUUUGAAAAUUAUUACUUUUUGUUAUUUCUUUUUUGGAUUUCACAUUAAAAACUAAUAAGUUAUAGUCUAAAGAUUCAGACCUGGAACAAAAUUGCAGUAUAUAUCUCUCCGGUGAAAUAAGGGCUAUUAUCCCGUAGAAUUAAAUGUCGUGGUGUUACAUAUCUAAUCCUCUUGUUUUCCUUCUAGUUACUUCCAGAGUAUAAUUUCAACACAAACGCACACACAUAAAGACAUUAAAUAGAGUAUUUAUAAAUUGAUCCACGUCUCACCAUCAUUUAAAAUAGAACACAGAUUCAAAACUAUACUAAAAAAAAAAAAAAAAAAAUGGAACGCGUUUUUAGCCUGAUGCACACUCCUCCCGCCAUCACAACAUUCAGUAAGCCGGUGACAAAGACAUCAGCUGUUGGUCAAUUCAUGAAUGAGGGACAGCAGGUGGAUCCCGAGACUAGCCAGUUGGAUUUUCGGUGUAACCAUAUAAAUAAAUAAUAUAAAAAAAGACAAUAAGAUCAAAUGCAAAUGGAAAUUUUAAAAAGUAUGAUCAUUUAUGGCAAGACGACCUUGAUAAUGCUAUAUACAUGUGAGAUUGGCUUUGUUCAGUGAUUGUUUCACAAGAAAAGCUAUUGAAUAACAUCAUAUUUGUAUGCAUAUAGUCGUACAGUAUAUGUCUCAGUUAUUUUUAUUUUUUCAUCUUUAUUUAUUUAUUUUUUUCGUGAAUCAUUUAGUUCUCUCUUGCCAAAGGACUGAAUCUGCCAGAUUGUCAACACAGAGUUGCAUCUUUCGUUAUGAAAGGCUUACUUUCAUCACGAAUGGUCUUCUGGCUUUGCACAGAGUACAGGACCAGGAUCAUGACAAGUCGUUAUGUCACAUAAAUAUUUAUUUUCGCUGUACAUAUAGAAAUAUACGACAAAUAUUGC